AGGAAACCGACAACACAUUGAUUCAGAUUAUUGGCAAGGCCGGUGUGAACAAGAGUUACGUAAACAUGAUGAACAAAUUGCUGUUUUUCAGCGCAUUUCUUGCGCUGGCGCUAUCAGAAGACGCUGAAAAGAAGCCAAUUAUGAGCGCCAGAGUUGAGAGUUGCCAAGGAUGACGACUGAACAGGCUUCCCAAAGUGAAGAAAUUCAUCUUUGAGGAUUUGCCUUUUUUUCAUAAUGUAGAAUUCAAAGCAAUGCCAGGUCGUAACCCUGAUCUUCUCUUACUGGAUGCAGAAGGAGAGGUCGUGGAGAAAAUUGAUCUGAGCGUAUAUGAUAGGGAUGAAUGCAAUCAUUUAUUAAAAAGCAAAGGUUUUUAUAAAAAAGAUGAAAAAGAUGGCGAAGUGCCGGAGGAGUUUAAAACUGGUCCCUAUGUGGAAAGAAUAGUGGAGAAAGAAACUAAGGAAGAGGAACCAGAAGACAAAGCAGAUAAAAGGAAAACUGGAAAAGUUGAAUUAUAAAGUGGAAUUGGAAUCUUUUUUUUAUAAAAUGGGAUGAAUUAUUGUGGCAGGAUCUUUUUCUGAUGUUUGUAAUAAUGGGGAGUUAGGGAGUCGUGGAUUUUCGAGAAAGCUUUUGUGGUGUACUUUUACAGGUGUGAUAUCAAAAUGCAAUUACAUGUAGGUAUGUGAAAAAAUGCAAGUUAAAAUCUACUCUCGUCAAUAUUACUUUUA